AUGACAGCUAUUCCUGACAGUCGCAAUAGCAGUACUACAAUCCCCAACAGAAGAGAAUAUAUAGAAAGAAUAUUGUUUGACAGAAUUGACCUCUAUAAUAAUACAAUAUAUAUAGAUGAAGCAGGUUUUAAUUAUCACUUAAUACACUCACGAGGACGUUCAUUACAUGGUCAACCUGCUGUUAAAAGAGUCAUUAAUAAUCGUGGCAAAAAUCUUUCAAUAAUUACAGCAAUGAAUGGACAUGGCAUUCUUAAAUUCACGCCUCAUUUGGGUUCAGUAAAUAAGGCUAUCUUUAAAAGAUUUUUAAUUCAGCUUAAAAGAUUACUUCCUGUUAAUCAAAAAAGAUAUAUAAUCUUAGACAAUGUAAAAUUUCACCACUCACCAGAAGUUACGAAUGUUCUUAGAGGAACAUUACAUGAAAUUAUUUACUUACCACCUUACUCUCUAUUCCUUAAUCCCGUUGAGAAAGUUUUUUCCAAAGUCAAAAAUCAAGUUGCAAAACAUCGUCUUGAAAACCAUGAGUCUAUUAUAGGAAGAAUAGAAGAAGCAUUUGAUAUGAUAACCGAAAAUGAUUGCAUUAACUGGAUCACACAUACACGAUCAUAUUUUGAUCACUGUUUAAAUGAAGAAGAAAUUGAGAUGUAA